UCUAGAAUAGUUUCUGGUAAUUGUGGGAAUUUUCAGUGAUUUAACAACCAAUAGGUGGAUUACUGUAGCACGAUCUGUCAAUGGUAUAUACUCUUGAUCAUUCUGUUAUUGGAAAAUACUUGGUGCCGUGGAUUUUAACAGAAAAUGAAAUAAAUCCAAAAAUACCUGAAUUCUAUCAUAAAGCAUCAACUAUAAACAUGGACAGUUAUUUUACCAUUGAUUUACAAUAAAGUUAUUGAAAAAAACUAGGAAUACAACACUGUGUGGAUAUUAAAUUCUGGAUUUCCUUGUUUUUCAAUUCAUAAUGGAAAGGAACAAAUACUGAAACAUCCGGAUAAGUAAAGAGUGGAAUUUAUUUAUUGGAUAUUACAAAUGUGGAGUGUAGUACCGAUGAUGUACGGAAUGAAUGGCAGUUCCAUUGAAUCAAAUGACACAUGUUUUAAUGGUACAUGUAUACCGGUGCCUGGGGCAAGCGUGAAAUGGGGGCUUCUGGCCCUCAUUGUUGUGAUAUUAUGUACAGCUUUAGGAAAUUUACUUGUGUGCCUGGCUGUGUGUUGGGAGCGUCGCUUACAGAAUAUGACAAAUUAUUUCCUCAUGUCCCUCGCCAUCGCUGACUUCCUUGUCUCCAUUAUUGUCAUGCCUUUUGGAAUGGUUGUAGAGAUCUAUGGUUAUUUUCCCCUUGGAGCCCAGUUCUGUGCAUUCUGGGUAACGAUGGAUGUUCUAAUGUGUACAGCUUCAAUCUGGCAUAUGUGUACCAUGAGCAUGGAUCGGUACUUUACACUGAAAUAUCCGAUGCAGUACGGGCGGAACAAAACAAAAACAAUGGUGGCCGUGAAAAUUGUAUUUGUCUGGAUAGUUUCAUUUACAAUCAGCAGUCCAAUAUCUAUUUAUGGUUUAUCACAAGAAAGUUCAGUGUUUAAUGAUAGGACAUGUGUGAUAACAGUGAAGGAAUUUGCCAUUUAUGGUUCUAUCUUUGCAUUUUAUGUCCCUCUUAUCAUCAUGAUAUUAACUUAUACAUUAACAAUUCGUAUAUUAUGGCAGAAUCAACACAUGAUGAGAACUAUUGACAGAUCUCAUUUCCGAAUGCGCCCUCGGAAUAAUAAAACACGAAAUAAAUCUACACUUGCUGCUACGAUGCUCUCACCACCAAGUUCUGACUCUAGGAGAGAAAGCCAUACUGACAUAUCCUCACUGGCCAGAACACCAAACAUUGAAAAAGUCAAUCUACCUGAAUGUACAGAAUGCGACUUGAAAUUUCUGGAAUUGAAACAUGCACUGGACAAAACAUAUGAAGCAACUAUCACUGCUCCAAUUACUGAUGGUACUAAUGACUAUAUUAAUCAUGUUCAUUUUGAUCAACACGAAACAGACAAAAAUGUUGGCUCAGCAGAGAAAACUGACAACUCUGAAAGUGCAACAGGGUUGCUGAAUAUUGAUCAGAAUCCAAUGCUAAAUGUGCCAAUAACUAUGAUUCAAAGUCCGUCUUCUGAAGAUGAAGAUGAGCAUUCAGCCCUCUUAUCAUCCAGUACUGAAAGACUUUCUCGAUCUUUCAGCCAUUCAUCAACUGGGUCAAGAUUUAGACCAAGAACAAACACUAAUGUAUCUAGUAAGAGCUAUCUUAACACCCAUUCUAGUCUCAAAAUACCCAAAACUUACGAAAAAAAUAAUCUUCAAGCAUCUGUUUCUUGCUCUAACUUUACUGACAGCAAAUCUAAAGAAAAAGCUUUACUUGAUCAAUUAGGUUUCCAAGGAAACGGACUUAAUCGUGACUUUAGAUCUUUAGAAUGGUGUCAUCAUUUCUAUGAGAUUCAAGAAGAAAUGGACGAAUGUUUAAGAGAAUCAAAGCGUGAACGCAAAAAAGAAACUUUGGAAGAAGCUAAACGAAAGUUAACUUGCCAACCAACUCCAAAUUUAAAUAUGAAUACUUGUAUUAAACAACCAACUGAGACAAAUGAUAGUGCAAUAGUUAUAAGUACACAUGUAGAUGAAUUGAAACCAAUACAAAAUGCUGAGUUGUCGGAAUCAGCCGAUUCUAUGGACGAAGGUGAUUCGUCUUCUGAAAAUAGCUCCGACAUUCUUUCUAUCAAACUUCAUCCCAAGUCUGUUUACAUGUACAAAGUUAAUAACGUCAAUGGAAAACCAUUUUCAAAAUUACAAAGUACAGUAAAUGAAAACAGUGCUUUAAACAAUGGCGACAUUUAUAAAAGACAAAGUUAUGUUAGAGAGAGUCCCUAUGACUCGGACAAGUCAUCAGAAAAUAAUCAUAAAAUUAUUCGAAAGCCUAGUAGCAUAAAACGCUUCAUUUACAAGUGUAAGAAACGACGUGGUAUCAAAAACCUCAUAUCUUCUAAAACAACAUCAAAUGAAAGAAAGGCAUCCAAAGUGCUCGGAAUUAUUUUUGCUGUUUUUGUGAUAUUGUGGACACCAUUUUUUAUUGCUAACAUACUGUCAGCAACAUGUGAAAGCUGUAGCAAGUAUAUUACACCAGAAAUGAUGUCAUCAUUUGUAUGGAUGGGCUAUAUCGCAUCUCUAGCAAACCCGAUCAUUUAUACAAUGUUCAACACAGCAUUCAGAACUGCCUUCCUUAAAAUCUUAUCGUGUAAACUGUGUGGGAAAGGACGUUCACAGUACCAUCGUUCUAGUAUUCCAAGCCACCCUGCGUCAAUGUUUCAUGACAGACGACAAACACUUACAGUUCUAAUCAACGGUCAGCAGGAUAGAAUACAUAGUGACUUUAGUUCUAACGGAAGAUAAAAUUUUACAUUUCUAAAUAGUUCUUAAUAAUUUACUAAUAUAUUACAUCUGUGAUAUGUCUUUUAUUACAUUUAGUGCAAUACAUUUGUAUUGGUAAAAAGGAAUUGUUAAAAACACAAAAAGAACAAGAAUGAUCAAUUAAUAAUUAAUUGAUUUUCAAUAUUUUUGAAAAAAUCUUUAGGUUGAAACUUUUGCCAUGAUAUACAGAAAUUAAUAAAGAAAUAGAAACAAAUCUAUAUUGCGAAACAAAUAUAUUGCAGAAUUAAUAUGAUUUUAUUUUCUAACUCUGUGUGUCAGCAUGCAGUGCCAGACUUGAUUAUUAUGAUAAGGAAUCAAAUCUUCAAUAAAAAAAGUUCUUGUACAAUUUUAAUGCUGAUAACUUUGGUCCUUUAUUUAGUUUUAGUUCUAGAACUUAAAAAUGCCUUUACAUCAUGAAAGACUUAUGGGAAUGCAUAAAGGCACCAUUAGCUGAAUAAAAAGUUAAUUAAGAUAUUCAUUAGAAACACACUAAGUCUUUCUGGUACAGAAGGGUUUAAGAGGAAUAAAAUAUUCUGAACAAUAUAUGCUAUAAUGGUUGUAAUUUUGAUUAGUUAAGUUAGAACAAAAUUGAAACUAAAUAAAAUUACAAUUUACUUAAAUUUAACCCAGCAGAACAGCCCAAUAAUUUAAAUGCUGAGUUGAGGAUCUAAGUAGAAUCAAAGUGUCUGUUUCUUUUUCUUAAUGAGGAACGAGUUCCUAUUAAAAUUAUCUUGAAGGACAAAAUGCAAAGUCAGGGCAUGCAUUUUUAAUUGUCUUUAUUUCAAAACAAGUUGAAUCAACAAUUCCCUUGUAAUUUAAAACCAGUAAAUUCAAUAAUUUACAUUUAUUCUGUAACCAGUCCAAUGUCCAUAAAACAUUAAAAAACUAGUCCAUCAAAACAAUUUCUCUGAGUUUUAAACCAAGUUCAAUAUAUAUUUUUUUCUUAUUUGAAUAAGGUUAUUUAUCAUUUUUUCAUAUAAAAAACUUCUAUUGUCUUUAAGCUUAUUUUAAAUUUAUAUUUUAAUAUUUAAGAUGUACAUUUCAAGUUUGUUGUGGCAUUUAUGUGUUUUAGUGCUGGUCACUAAUACAGUCAAUAAUUGUUUCAUGUUUAUUCCAUGUUCAGUUAUUUUGUUAUCAUUUCACCAUACAUCAGCUCAUUUAAUAAUAUUUUAUGAAUUCUACUUUAAAAAUAAAAUUUUAUUAUUGUAAUUUAUUUGUUUGAUGU